ACGCGGAAGACAGAGGGGCCGAAGACGAUCCACGUCAUAGAGGUGAAAUCUGGCGUCAGUGCGACAUAAGCUGCUACCUCAGUGCCAAAUUCACGCAGGGCUGUUUUUAUUUAUGUUGAGAGCCAGCAUAACACAAGGUGACGAGCCGGUGAGCUUUGUGUGCACAGACAGAGCGGCCUCGCCGGGAACCCGCUGAAGUGCCCCACUGCCUCAACGUCUAGAUGGGUGACUCAGGCUCACGUCGAUCCACACUCGUCUCUCGCCUGCCAAUCUUCCGCCGCAGCAGCAAUAAGAGGCAGGACUCUCUCCCAUCCUCUCCAUCUUCAGGUGGUGUGGGGAAUGGCGUACACACCUCCUCACCCUCCAGCACCAACUCCAGCUCUGGCAGUACUGGCAAACGCAGGAGCUUAUUCCGCACUCCAUCCCUUGGUUUUUCUGCUAAACGGAACAGUGUUCCACGUGUCCAGCCUAUUAACCUCAACCUUACACCUCCACUGACGCAGAGCACAGACACCAAUGGAAACAACCAGCAAACAGUAACAUCAGCAUCAUCAGCUGCGUUCAGUGAGGGCAGUGGACGUUCCAAGACACGACACGCAUUUGGAUUUGGCAGCCACAGGCAAAAGAAGAUUACACGCUCUCAGACUGAAGAUUUUGAAAAGGCUUCCUCUUCGUCCUCGACAGCCAAUCGAAAUGUGUUUAUCAACUGCAUCAGUAGCUCAGGGGCCAAUGAAGGUGAUGACUCUGGCUUUCUUGAUGACUACAGCAGGGGCAGUUAUAACAACAAACGGGCUUCACGCCAGAAGAAGCAGUUGUUGCCCAAAUCGUUCUCUGCUCAUCACCGCUUUUCCCGAACAUCUGAUCACCACAGACCUCCAGAAGUGAAUUUGGAAACCCCAUCUUCCACCACAGUUGCUCCACCUGCAGAAGGAAUCACCCCCGGGUCAUGGCCAGGGGAGCUGCUUGUUGCCGGUGGAGAAAGCUCACUGCAGUCCCCUAUGAUAUCAGAGGAUCGAACCACAGCCAUCACCCCUUCAGAGUUCAACCCCAUCACAGAGGACUCUGUGUCUGAGGUGGACGCUGUACCAGCUCCCAGUCCGGUAUGUGGUUUAACACCUGGACCUGCUCCUGUCCCUGAAUCAACUUCUGACACAGCUCCCUCAGACCCUGGACCUGGUCCAGAGAACUUCAGUGCAGCUGUUUCUACGUCCCAGGUUUUCUUCACUGCCGCUCCAUCUAGUGCUGACAAAGUCUUACUCCCUGACACCAGCACAGCCAACAACACAGAUUAUGAGACCGCUAUUUCUGUCUCUGAGCCCGAGACAGCUAUACCCUGCCUACCUCUGCAAGAGCAAUCGCUGGAGGAAAGGAAGGAGAGGGAGGAGGAGAGAAGGGAAGCGAAGGAAGAGGUGUCUGCAGAGACGAGGACAGAUUUGGUGGAAGAGAAUAAUGCGGGUUACCACACCGACACCACCAGUGAGAGCGAAGCACGUGUGGUACGCAGUGAAGGGUGUUACUCUAACCCUGAGCAUGCAGAUAGGAAGACGAGGAACACGCUUUCUUUUCAUGAGGGAGGAAGAGGAAACUGCUGCGGCUGCCACGAACCCAGAUCGACUUACUUUCGGAAACCACACGCAGCUUCUUUGUGUAGCAGCGCAAGCCCCUACCAUGAGGUGAUGCGCCUAGAAAGACGUUUGCGGUCCUCAUCUGAGGGGGCUGGUGGGCCUCGAAUCCAUGGAAACCAAAGAGAUGGUGCAGGAAUGGAGGGAUGCGGUCUGCUCAAACACAGGAACAACUCAUCAUCAUCCAAAAUGGGAAGCCUGGAUGUCCUAAACAACCUGGGCUCCUCAGAAUUGGAUGAAGAUGAUCUUAUGUUAGAUCUGGACCUCUCUGAUGAUCAGCGACAUCGACAUGUGUCCAGAGAAGACUCCAGCCAGUCUCUGACUUCCUGUCUCAACCUGCUCCCAUCCCCUGUGGAUCCACCGGGAGAUCGUGUCCUGGGAAAAGACAGCAGCCAGAGGGACUCCAGGCGUCCAAGCUGCCUGCUGCCUGCUGAGUGGAGCUCAGGGCUAGCUUUGGGUAAAGAAGAUGAGCCCGUAACUCCAGGGAAGGACAUCCUUCCGCUAAGGCUGAUGCAACAGGACUGUAUUGCUGUCAAAACCCUGCUUUUAAGACUCAGACGAACGCUACAGGAGAGCACAGAGACAAGCCCUGCCAGCAGCCUUCAAUCUUUACCCUUAAGCCCUUGCAGUGAAAAGUCCCUCCCUCUUAAGGAUUCAGGCAGAGAGGAGGCCUUACUACAGCAGCUGAGAGAGAAAGAUGAUCUGAUCCUCAAACUUCAGACAGAACUGGAGAGUGCCAAAGCUGCCGUCAAGAUAAAAGACUGUCAAAUGACUGACCGCACAACACAGACGGAACACAUGGGGCCAGAGGCCAAUCAUCCUGGCCGGUGGUCAGGCGUCGGCAACAACAACCUGGUUCUAAGGGACCGAAGGGUAGUGCAGGGUAUGGGAGCAGUGCACGGAGGGGACCUCUCUAACCAACACCACCAUCAUCCACCUCUCCAUAUCCGACCUUCUGCUUCAGAGCGACACACUGCCAAGGAGGAGCGCCACUGCCAGGGUUCUUUGACACAGUCUUCAGUGCUUCCUCUGAAUCCAAUUCUGGGUCCUGGCUCCUCCACCCUGUCCUCUGCCACUUUUGUGUCAACUCAGACCUCUCCAACAACUCCAGGCCCAUUCCAUGUUUCAACACCUGCUAACCAAGCUGCAAUUCCCUCCCGUUCCCACAAGCAGCCAGAGGGGGUGACCUCCUCCUCUGAGUCCUUAACUCCAGGAGGAGGAGGAGCAGGUCUUUCAAGUGGGGUGAGGAGAGCAGUGGGAGGUGAGCACCUUCCCCCUAGCCAUAUUCCCCGUGCAGUAGGGGCAGGUGAAGCCACCACCUCCUCUAGCCUGCAGAGCCUCAUCAGCAGAGGAAGCUUGUCCGACCGAGCCUCGCCUCCACCUCUUACUGCUUCCUUAACGUCCUCUUCCUCAUCUUCUUCCUCCACAUUUACGGGUCGUUUAGGACAACCACCUCGAGGCCCCCUGUCCCUGCACAGCUACAGCCGCAAAAACGUCUUCCUCCAACAUUCGCUACAUACUGCCGAACUGCAAGCGCUGACGCAGAGGGACAGUUGAGGACGUUUUCACACGCCACCGACCGUAAGCAGCCAUAUCUUUGAGUCUGCUGAUGACUUUGUGUUAGAACAGCUGCAACUUACUUAUUACAUUUCACUUUUCCAGUUCCGCCAAACCAUCAAAUGCGCACAUUUGUCUUUGUAAAAUCAGACGAACCCUUUACUCAAAUUUGUCAUAGUCAUAGAUUCACUCUCAUAAACACACACAUCAGAGUUCUCACCCAUCUGUCAGAACUCCCACAUUCUCACAUGCUAACAGUUUAGAUGUACUUAACGCCCACAAAUGCACAAAGUGCACAAACACUCACAACAUCACAUCUGUGCACAUACGCAGAUCAAGGCUCAGAGUCUGUCUCACACAAACAUGCCAUCAUCUGUAACAUCUCUACUUAAGAAUCUACACAAACCACAUGACAGUACAAUGUGUUGUACUUGUGUGUGAGAGAAGUAUGUUAAAAUGUAAUUAUUUUUUAUGAAUUGAUUACUUUAUUGUAGGUUUAUCAGUGAUAUAUGCGCAGCUUAAGGAAAUGCUUGUAAAAUUAUAGCACACACACACACUCACUUUGCCAAAUUCAAAGUCAUAUUGACUCAUUUCACUUAAAGGUGAAAAUCCAAGAGACAUUGAAGCUGAAUAGCUUUUCACUGCAUGCUUUUUAAAAAUUGAAAGAAAUACAGGUAGACAUUUUGUACCACAUGAAAACUGAGGUUGGGUGAGUUUUAAAGUUUUAAAUAAUAUUAUUAGUAUUUCCCAGUGAGAAAGAAAUCAAACCUGACCUUGCUGUUGGCAUGAUGCUUGGAAUAGAGAAGAAAAAUGUGUUGUUAUGCUCACAUAAAUUAUUAAUUUAUACUAUUCAAGUCUUGAUAGUGGAGCAUUGUUAGUGGAAAGACAGUGUGGCAAAAUCACCCAGCUUCAUUUAAAGCUGAGGUAUGGCCCCUGUAACAUGCAGUGAAUGAAUACAUCAAUAAAUGAAUGAGUCCAUCCCUUCCAAUAUGUUCAUGCAACAACUCAAAAACAGUAAAUACUGUAUUCUUGUAUGGCUUCAAGUUAAAAGGACAUAUAAUGAGGAUAUGCUGAUUAAAUAUUUCAACUUUGAUUGAACAGCUCACUCCAA